GUAAGGCUAUAUUGAUUAUCUCACCAUUCUCUCUUCUCAUAAAGAAUUAAAGAGAGAAUCCUGUAAAAUUCGAAAGUUAAUCUCGAGAGUCUUGUAGUCCCAUCCUGUAGAUUGCCACUGAAAAUUUAAUUAUUGCAUUGUCUAAUUCCCGAUCUUCAUUAAAAUCUGAAACAGAUGUUGAAUCGUUGGUCAAUUCUCUUCUUUUUGUUGAUUUCAUGCUGUAUUCGGGUAUCUUAUGCUAGUGCUGGUGAUGCUGAUCCACUUUACAGGUCUUGUGUGAACCCGUGCAUAAGCACUGGAUGUAUUGGUGAGAAGUGCUUUCCACAUUGCAAUUCUUCUUCAAAUGGAGGUUCAGUCAACAGUCCAUGGUACGCGCAAGAAUCCCUUUACUUGAAAUGGAAACAAUCAGAUUGCCUCAGCGAUUGCCGCUACUAUUGCAUGACUGGCAGAGAAAAAGAAAGAGAAUCACUUGGUCUCGGUCCUGUUAAAUAUCAUGGAAAAUGGCCUUUCAAACGCGUUUUGGGACUUCAGGAACCUGUUUCCGUGGCUUUAUCUGUUCUCAACCUCUUAAUGCAUUUCUGGGGUUGGUUGUCCUUCUACAGCCUUCUACAAUAUAAGCUUCCCCUAAAGCCAAACGGAACUUAUUAUGAAUACACCAAUUUGUGGCAUAUCUAUGGAUUCCUAUCGCUUAAUUCUUGGCUCUGGAGUGCUGUUUUUCACAGUCGAGACAUUGAUAUUACAGAGAAGCUUGAUUACUCAUCUGCAGUGGCAAUACUUGGGUAUUCACUCAUUGUUUCAAUAAUGAGAAGUUUCCAUGUUAGAGAUGAGGCUGCGAGAGUCAUGGUGGCUGCCCCGCUUCUGGCCUUUAUAGCCACUCACAUACUGUUCCUUAACAACUAUAAAAUGGAUUAUGGGUGGAACAUGCAAGUCUGCGUGGUCAUGGCUGUCGCUCAGCUUCUGAUAUGGGCAAUCUGGGCUGGUGUAACUCAUCAUCCUUCACGGUGGAAGUUGUGGUUUGUUGUUAUAGCAGGGGGAUUCGCGAUGCUUUUAGAGAUUUACGAUUUCCCACCUUAUGAAGGAUUUGUUGAUGCACAUGCCCUUUGGCAUGCCACCACCAUUCCCCUCACCUAUUUGUGGUGGAGCUUCAUUAAGGAUGAUGCCAAGUACAGAACAUCUGACCUUACAAAGAAGGUAAAGUAACCAACCAUCGUAUGAACGGCUUUAUUGUGGACCCCGCUAUCGGUUUGAUUGGUGUUCGAGUUGAUCCAAAUGGCACACGGCUGCCUCUCGUCCUGUUUAUGGCUUGGUUUUCAGGACGGGAACUUCUUAGUUGGCAAGAGUACGAAUUUAAAAAGAUGUUGAUGUUGAAUUUCGAAAUCAGCUAGGAAGGAUGAGCUUGUGUGCCUGUGAUAUUUUGCUAAUUACACCAGAUUUUGAUUUACAGAAUUCUUACUGGGUUUGAUGGUCUAAUAUAAAGUCUGUUCAAAUCUUCCA